UUCACUCCACUCAGAGCGCUGGAACAGAGUCAGCAAGGAGACCCGAACCAACCUGCGGAGGAAUAUCACUCUUUUACAUAUUUUUUGUUUUUACUCUCUACAAUCUUUUUUUGUAAGCAUCAACUCCUCUGAAGGACAUGUUGGUCGCAGUUUCAAACAGCGUGCUCAUCCUUCUCUCCUGCAUGUUGCUGCAACACGUGUUUUCAGUGCACAGUCAGAUGUGUGACAUGGUGAAGGAGAUAGACAAGGAGAGGAACCUGUGUGAGGCUCAGAUUGAGAACAAAACAACAGGUUGCAGCGGAACUUGGGACAAGAUAACCUGCUGGCCCAGUGCUGAUGUUGGAGAGGUGGUCACCAUCCCUUGCCCAAAAUAUCUCUUCUACUUCUCCGGGGACGUUUCCACAAGUAACCUGUCAAAGACCUGCACUGCGGGUGGCUGGACCCCAAUCAGCAUAGACUCAUACAUAAUGGACUGUGGAUACAAUCCCAACAACACCAUGGAUGAUAAUACGUCGGGAGAGUUCUUCGACGCCAUCAAAGUGGGUUACACCAUUGGUCACAGCGUGUCCCUCAUUUGCCUGACGAUCGCCAUCAUCAUACUGUGUCUCUUUCGGAAGCUGCACUGCACAAGAAACUACAUCCACAUGCAUCUGUUUGUGUCUUUUAUACUGAAAGCUGUUGCUGUUUUCGUCAAGGACAUGGUUCUGUAUGGAGUUGGGGAGACAGACAAUUGCCAGUCACCUGUGGGCUGCAAGGCAGUGGUGGUCUUCUUCCAGUAUGGGGUCAUGGCGAGUUACUUCUGGCUGCUGGUGGAGGGCCUCUAUCUCCACACUCUGUUAGCCAUUUCCUUCUUCUCUGAGAGGAAGUACUUCUGGUGGUACAUCCUGAUUGGUUGGGGCGCUCCAACCAUCUUUAUCUCAGCGUGGGUGAUUACAAAGGCUUAUUUCAAUUAUCCUGGAUGCUGGGAGAUAAUAGAUGACAGCCCAUGGUGGAUCAUCAAAACACCUAUUUUGGUCACCAUACUCGUGAACUUUUUCCUCUUCAUCUGUAUAAUCCGGAUUUUGCGACAGAAGAUGAAUUGCCCCGACAUCGGAAGAAAGGAAUCCCAUCAGUAUUCGAGGCUGGCUAAAUCCACUCUGUUGUUGAUACCUCUCUUUGGCAUAAACUACAUAAUUUUUGCCUUCAUCCCUGACCACAUCCACCCACAAGUGAGGAUGGUGUUCGACCUCAUUCUGGGCUCAUUUCAGGGUUUUGUUGUUGCAGUUUUGUACUGCUUUCUGAACGGCGAGGUGCAGGCGGAGAUUAAGCGUAAGUGGCGCAGAUGGAUGCUGCAGAGGUUCCUGGGUGCUGACACCAAGUACCAGCAGCCCUCCAUAGGCAGCAACGGCAACAACUUCAGCACCCAGAUCAGCAUGCUGACCAAAUGAAGCCCCACGACACGCCGGGCGUCUGAGUGUCAGGAGCACCUUUCUGCCAUCUGAAACCCAUCUACGGUUAACUCCCCUCUCUGUUUCUAUCAUUUGGGUACAGUACUGUACACACACUCGCUGUUUGGUUACUGGAGGUUAAUGUGACAUUUUAGUACUGACGCUAAUAUUUGUUCGUUGUAACUUUAUCCAUAACCUUUAAAAAAAAAAAGACAAGUGACCAGUGUUUUUCCUAGCAACAGUGGAAAGGGCGUCUGAAACCAGUUCCAGAACACGACACCUGUAAAUGGUUUGAAUCAUUUUCUUAAAAGAACGUUUUCACAGACUGUUGUAAUGUAGCUUUGAUCAGGAAGUAACCGGAGGUUGACCACUCUGACUGGCAGGUAUCUGUGUAUUUACAUAUGGGCUAGUCUCACCCUGUUAUAUAGGCAAACAGACUAGAUCUUACAAGGUAAAGCUUUGUUGAGAUCACAUGAUGAGUCAACCCUCCAACUGGCUAGCUGUAAGAAAAUCCGUUCUCAGAAUAACAUUAACAAAGUCUCUGAUAACGAACACGCUACAGAAUGCUGCGGGCACAAAGAUCUUCAUGGCUACUAUGUGAAUUAAAGGGAAAUGGAGCUCUUGGCCAGCGUUUUCCAUCUGAUGUUAAGCAAUAGCUGAACAGAGCCAGAGACAAGCUGUGUCCUAUAAGAAGCAAGAUGUUUAUUAAAAGGGUAUGUUACACAAGAGGACUCCAAGCACUUAACCUAAUGGUCCAUGUUGCUGAGGGGACCAAUGGUAACAUCAUUAAUGACAAUGUCAGGCUGACAGUAGUCGCUGAGGAGGACUCUGUAGCAUGACCAACGUACUGGACGUCCCUAUCCUGUCCAUGACAGUUAUACACGGGGCAUACACUCUGCUGAAUUACUGCCGGAUAACAUUCCAGAGGAGCCUCUAAAGCUCCCGCUUGUGAAAUAUAUCUCAGAUUACAAAGGCUUUUAGUUUUAUCUGAGUGCACAGUCGCUGAGCAGACGUUCAUUUUUACUGCUUCUGCAACUAAUGGACCAGAUGUAUUCCGUUAUUAGUCCACAAUACACAACAUUGUGAAUAAAUAUGUGGCAACACUGCGUAACUUCCAUUAACUGGAUUGCAUGGACAAUUCAUUUCAUUGUAGUGAUUGUUAGCUUUCUGUUCUGUUCUUUUCUAUAUUUACAGAUUUAAUAAAUGUUAUUAUUGUUAUUGUGUCAUACUGUUUGCUUGUAGCAGCAUGCCUGUUGAUUAGUCGGCCCAAUACUUUGGUCCGGACGGAAAUAUCUUACUAUAGGAUGGAUUUCCAUGAGAUUUUGUACAGACAUUCAUUCUCCCCGGAGGAUGAUUCUUAACGACUUUUUAUCUAGCACCACCAACUGGUCAAAGUUACCAUCAUCAACAAGAUGGCUUUUCUUUUCUUUUUACAGACAUUCAUUAACUUUUUGUCAUCAACACUUUAAUUAAUGACUAGUGACUGCAAAACGAACGACAUUCUCAUCAGCCUCUGCUACACUUUUGAGUAUAGUACUUAUUAGCAAACACUUGCAUGCUAACAGGCUAAACUAAGAAUGUGAACAUGGUAAACAUAUACCCUCUAGACAUCAAGUUAGCAUUGUGAACAUGUUAGCGUGCUGGCAUUAAACUCAAACCACUGCCUCACACAGAAGCUAGCUUCGCUGUUAGCUGAAAUAGGAUUUAUCUAUUGACUAUUUAUCUAAGUUCAAUGACACCAUGCAUGAUAGUUGUUAUUCUCUCUCUCUCUCUCUGUUUAAUAAUGUUUUCGAACGUUUAUUUGAGUCAAGACAAUUUCAGACAGUUUACUUUAGGCCUCCUCCUGUACCAGUGUGUGUCAAACUGAAACUAAACUGUAACCAACUGAACGUACCUCAGAGUAACUGUCACACACAGCUAUUGUAUACAAUGUGAGUCUGUAAAUAAAGUUCAUGUGUUUUGUGUUGAAGACUUGUGUUGAAGACUUGUAGUGCUCAGGUGUCAACUGGAAAUCGAAGUUUACAUUUGAAACGUUCCUCACUCAUGCUAUUUGCAUCACUUAAGUGUCUCUUAUUUGUUGCCAUGUACAUUCUGUGUAAAUACUGUGUACUGUACAGUAUGUGGAAUCAACUGUAAAGAUGUUGAACAAAACGUCAGAUGAAGAUGAAUAAAAAUAUUUGCCCUG